CCAAUUUAUCCGCGUUCUUAAAAUAAAUCUAACUUAUAAUGUUUUGUUAUUAUUAUGGUUAUAAUAAUAAUAAUUGUUCUAACCAUUUGUUAUUCAAACGCCACUUUAACUUCUGAGUUGCAGGGGUUUUUACUUUUCCAAACUUCUCAGGUUUUUAUAUUUGUAACUUUAAUCGUCCAAAUGAAGUUGCAGUAGCACAUGAAAAGCAUGCAAUUGAGUGCCUAACAAAAAAUUCUUCCUCAACUAAAUUUCGGAAAGAAAUGACUAGGGUGACAAGGAAGCCACGCUAUGUGGAAUAUGACAACAUGCUGUUUCCAGCCGAAUGUUCCUUUGAAAUUUUGCAAGAUGCCAUGAGUUACAAGCCAGAAACAGGUGAUAUAUUCGUCGUAACUUACCCUAAAUGUGGUACUACGUGGACAACGCAAAUCAUUUCACUUAUACUCAGAAAUGGCGAGCCACUCAAGACGGCUAAAGAGUAUUUCCAAUCUAUACCAUUUCUAGAGAUGACGCCAAUGGAAGAAUUUUCCAAAAUACCCAAACCUCGUUGUAUAAAGACACAUUUACCAUUUGAUUGCAUGAAUUUUUCUACAGAAGCCAAAUACGUCUACGUUGCGAGGCAUCCUGCAGACUGCGUAGUGUCGUACUACCAUCAUUUGCAAUUUUUCCCAACUUUUUUCUUCUCAGAUGGUGUUUUUGAUGAUCUCUUUGAACUUUUCAUCAAAGGUGAGGUAGAAAACGGUGAUUAUUUUGAUCAUCUCUUGGAUGGAUAUAGUCGAAGAAAUGAACCUAACGUUUUGUUUUUAACCUAUGAAUCCAUGAUGGCCGAUCCUAGGGAAGCUUGUUUGAAGAUUGCUCGCUUUUUAGGAGAAGAAUACUAUAGAAACCUUAUAGAUAACGACGAGGCAGUUCUACAGAAGAUCUUGAAAUACAGUAGUCUCGAUUUCAUGAAAUCAACUGUCAAUGAAUUUUGGAAGGAACAGUUCAUCAAUAUUGCACCAGAAGAGGAUCAGAAAUCGAAUCCCAUUUUGAGAAACUUAUCGAAUCUAAUGAAAGAAGCAAUGGAAAAGGGCGAAAUAUCCGAAGGCAAAUUUAUCCGCAAAGGUACUGUAGGAGAAGGGAAAGUGAUACUAUCUGAUGAACAACGGCAAAGACUUCAGCACCGCAUACUUGAAAAAACAGCCCAUUCGGAUGUUAUGAGCUUAUGGAAAGAGUAACUCACUCCCAGAGCCAGAUUAAGCAUUUUAGACGCCCUAAGAUAAUAUAUGUCUUUUUUACCUACAAACAUUCAAAACCAAAUUUUUUUUUAUCGGUUUUAAUUUAAUCUUUUUAUAAGUAAUUUUAAGUAACAAAUUUUGACAAAUAAAUAGUAAAACCCCAA